AAAGGUAAGAUAUCGGCCUUCACUGGCCUCAAGUAAACCAAUCAGAACUGCCCUUGACUUUGUGGGAAUUCAAAUGACUCACUAAGCAAAUUCGUUUUUCCGACAUGGGACGUUUCAAGAAGGGAGAUAUUGUCACAUUUACUGAUGAGGGUUCCCAGUUGUUUGGAGAGGUUCUAAAUGUGAAGAAUGAUAGCCUGGAUGUUAAAAUUUUGAUUGACAAACAGGAAAAAAUUAUGCGAGUACCGUACACAAAAGUACAGAAAGGAGCCAAAUAUUUGGUUGAAGAUAUGGAUAAUAUGGUUAACCUACCGUAAGCAGCAUUUAUGUAUGAAUUCAAUCAAUUUUUGCAGGAAUAUGUCUGCUAUUUCCAUGCUGGAAACUCUGAAACUACGCUACUCCAGAUCCAAAAUUUAUACUUACAUUGGGAAUAUAGUGAUUUCCGUUAAUCCGUAUAAGGAUUUACUUAUUGAUGGACCAGAAAUAAUGGCCAAAUAUUUUAACAGAAUGCUGACAAGUGUUCCAGCGCACCUGUAUGGACUUUCCGAAACACUUUAUCAAGCCGCUCUAAGAAAUGAAUAUGAUCAAAUUGUUGUGAUUAGUGGGGAAUCUGGCUCUGGGAAAACCGAGGCAUUCAAGCGCAUAACACAGUAUCUAGCGUGUGCUAGUGAACAAGGCAGAAAUGGCUUGAGUUCUGUUGCUAAGCGGGUUUUGGAAAGUACUCCAGUUCUCGAAAGUUUUGGAAACGCCACCACUCUACGAAACGAUAAUUCAUCAAGAUUUGGAAAGCUCGUGGAAAUAUUCUUUGCAAAAUCAAUGAUAAUUGGAGCGAAAAUUACUAACUUCUUACUUGAAAAAUCCAGAAUAGUCGGCCAGCCUGAAAAAGAACGCAAUUAUCAUGUGUUCUAUGAAUUGUUGAGUUCACUAGACAAUGAAAGCAAGGCUAAACAUCAUCUUAAAAGUGUCGAAGAUUAUCAAUACCUUAUGAAAGGUUCAAGACGCGUCUUCACAAGUCAUUCUGAUCCUGAUGGUUUAUCAAUGCUACUGGAAAGCUGGCGUACACUGAGUCUUCCACAGGACGAAAUGGAUUUAUGUCUUCGUGUAGUAUCUGCUGUAUUACACCUAGGAAACAUUAAUUUUAAAAGUGAUUAUGACAAGGAGCGAACAUCGAUUGUAAAUCCUAACGUCGCCGAAAUCGCAGCUUCAGAGCUUGGGGUUGAUGUGACCGAACUUACUAAAGUAAUAACAAUGAAACUAACAGAAACAUCUGUGGAUAGUCUUUGGAGUCCUGUAAAUACAGCUGGUGCCAUAGUUAAUCGUGAUUCAAUCGCGAAAAGUCUCUAUGCGGAAUUUUUUGAUCGACUAGUUGACGCUAUUAAUAUGAAAAUUGCACCAUCAGAUUAUUUAGAUCCUGAUACAAAAUCAUCCAUACGUGCAAUUGCUUUAUUGGAUAUUUAUGGUUUUGAGAACCUACCAAGCAAUUCAUUAGAACAAUUUUGUAUCAAUUAUACCAAUGAAAAUUUACAACAAUUUUUUAAUCAUUACAUAUUUGAAUUGGAACAAGAAGAAUAUCGUGCAGAAAAUAUUAGUUGGCAAUAUGUUCAAUUCCCUAAUAAUCAACCAAUCAUUGAUUUGAUAGCUGGUAAACCUAAUGGAAUAAUGCAUAUAUGCAAUGAUGAAGCUAGUCUAGUGACAGGGACAGAUGAAUCAUUUCUACGACAGUGCCAGCAUCAUCAUCAGAAGCAUCCAAAUUUCAAAAUAAACAAAAUACAAGGAAAUAGCUCAUUUACUAUAGUACAUUUUGCUGGAGAAAUCGUUUAUGAUGUGCAUGGAUUUGUUGAUAAAAAUCGUGAAAAAAUUCGAAGUGAACUACUUGCUCUAUUGACAAAGAGUACAAAUACUGCUGUGGCAACUAUGUUCCGUAAUGUUCAAUCUCAGCGUACUGGUGUAAGUGGUUCAGGACCAAAAUUGAAAACGCCUAUGGUUUUAACAACAAUGAAUAAUUCACUUCAACAACUGAUGGAAAAAAUGAGAAUGAAUAAGCCAAGUUUUGUACGUUGUAUCAAACCAAAUAUGAAAAAAGAACCAAUGGUAUUUGACGAUGCCGUUGUUAUGGAUCAACUGCGUUAUGGUGGUGUAUUAGAAACUGUUCGAAUCAGAAAAUCCGGUUUUCCUGUCCGUGUUGACUAUAACUAUUUUAUUGAACGCUACUCAUUUCUUUUAAACCAUGAAAAGAGACUACACUUAAAAAAGAUUACAGAUUCACGUGAAGCAGUAGCAUGGAUUUUAAUGAAUAUCAAUAUACCAUUCGGUGAUCAAACACCAAUUCAAAAGUGUGUUGACUACGAAUUUGGCAAAACAAAACUAUUUCUACGAAAUCAAUUAGCGGUCAAUCUAGAAUCUCUUCGUACAAUUAAAGAGUUAUGCGCUGCUCGAACUAUUCAACGAGCUUGGAGACGUCGUGAUAAUGGCUUGAUAGAGAGAGCACGUCGUAAUUCAGCAAGAGUUAUUCAAGCUUGGUAUAGAGGAUGUAUGACAAGACGGCUCCACUCUGAUGUUGUUGAGUAUUUAGCAAACAGAAACAAGGAACAAUCUAUUGGUGCAUUACCAGAAGAAUUACCAAGAAAUGAAAAACCCAUAAAACCACUGAGUGAAUAUGAAAUAAAAUGUCUAGAAGUCCCAGGAGAUUUAGCCUACAUUCUUGAGCAUCGAAAUAUUAGUCAGGAAUCUUGGUUGCGCAAUCAUAAAGUGGUUAAACCUUCAAGUAGUAUUCGUCGUUUUACACCACACUAUGUUUCAUCUUCUUGGCAUCGGUAUGGUAGACCAUUAUGGCGUGCUGCACCUAUUUCACAUUUGUUACAAGCAUCUGGUUCAUCGGCACAACUUGGUUACCGUGUUGCACCACGUGAACGUCCUAUAUUCUUAAGUAGACCAAAUGAAAAACUGACUGCUGCUUGCAUAGCUGCUUCAAAAUUAAUUUUGAGACUGUUGUUUUUAUCAGACAUAUCGCUGUAUGAACAAUUUUUAGUUGGCAGUUAUUUAUAUCAACUGGCUCUUUGUCAAAAAUCGCUUCACAAGGAAUACCUAAUUCAGUUGUUGAGUAUGACAUUGAAUUGGCCUGAUUCAGCCGGUGAUUUAAUUACUUCAGAUGCUGAGGAUGAACCAAGUGAAUUUGAUCCAGAGACUAGAAGGUCAACAUAUAUCUCAUCAAGAAAAAAUGGUCCACUAAUUGUUAAAUCACCCAUUUCACAAUCUGAUAUCCUACGACGCGCUUACCGACGACUUUGGAUGCAUAUUGCUGGAAUGCUUACUUGUGGCCAGUUAUCACAGACACUUACACCAACUAUUGUCCGUUUUAUAAGAGAACAUGCACCUCCAAGAUCAGCUCAACUGUGUGAAGAUCUUGUUGUACUAGAGCCUUCAAUGCUUCGUUUGUAUCCGCCUUCUGUGUUAGAAUGGCGUAUCAAUUACACUGGAACUCAUAUGGGCAUUAACUUAACAUUUCCAGAUGGUAUACUGUCGAUUUUUCACUUAGGCAGUUUCACACGUGCUGAAACAGUCGCUGGUACGGCUUUAGCAUUUAGAGCAUAUUCAAAGUGUAUCUUUGAAGGUUGGACGAUAAGCAUACAUCAUCCAUCUAAGAUACUAGAUGUGCCUGGGUACUUUUAUGUUUUGGAUAUAUUUAGUCAACAAGAACUGCCUGAAGAAUGGUCACAUUUGAAUAAUGUACUACUUCAUCAAGUUCUACCCACUUAUAUGAAACCUAAUGAAACUAAAAUAUCAUUGAAUCAUGAUCAUUACAACAGAAAUGGAGCCCUAAUAACUAAUGAGAAUUUAUCGUCUACAGGGAACAAAUACGCCAAUCAAAAUUAUCGAAAAUUAGCUGAUUCAAUCCAUGGAAUUAAAACCACGACGGAUUCAUACAACGGUUAUGCAAAAAAGCCUACUUCAAAUUUAUCAAAUAACUAUCGUCCCGCUAAUUCUCAAGCCAACUGGUUUAAAGCAGUUCGUAUAAUGGCGUCUAAAAGAUUUGGUGAAAGUAAUCGAUCACAUGCAUCAAUGAGAAGAAAAAACAGUGGAAAAGAGAAAAUCUUUAAUCCACUCCAUUCUACUAUUACGACUACUAAUACUACAGAAAAUAGUAGUAUUGGUUUUCCACGAUCAAAAUCUCCUGGUGAUAUCAUUCAGUCUAAUCGAUUUUCAAGAUCAUCUCCAACACCAUUUGAAGGUCCGGCUAAUAAACGUAAUUCAAAUGCACUACCUCAUGAUAUGCGGUACUAUGUCUAUGACCAUUCCGCGUGGACGAUACAACUAAGGAAAGAGUUUAUUACACCAAGUGAACGAAUAAAGACAAGUCUUAUUCUAAAUUUGGUCUUUCAUCAAAUUGUCGCUGAUAUCAAAGAUGAAACAAAUCUACGCCUAAACAGAAAUGAUCGUACACAAUUAUUAUCUGUAAUUGGUCCUUAUUAUAAUAUUGAUUCCCUUGAUUCUAUUCAUAAUAUUCCAAUGGAUGUAAAAAAGAAGACUCUAUUUUGCUCGCUGAAUUUACCGAUUUACUUUGGUCGAUUUUAUCCUGUUCAGUCCCUAAAAUUGACUGCUUCUCCAGAUCUUAGCCAAUGGCUUGUUGUUAGUCAUCAUGGCAUCAGAUUAGUUUUACAGAACAAAGACAGUAAAGAGCUGAAAAUUCAAAUGAUUUCAACUCUUGGUGAAAUAAACAAAGUGAUGGCAUCUCGUACAGCUAAUAGACCUCGCUGGCGAUGUGGAGAUCAAACAUCAGUUGGUGAAUCCAGAGGUACUGGUCACGGGAAACCAUCAGACUAUCUGAAACCACCUUUGAGUAGAUCAGUUAGUACAGUUACUUUAAAUCUUCUUUCAAUAAGUCAUAUCCAGGGAACAGAACAAUUUUACACUGAUAUGGCAGAAAAAAUCCGUGAACUAAUCGAUCUGUUUCUUAGGGAGUAUAAAGAGGAGAUGAAACGUCAUCAAGAGAUACCAAAACAUCAAGCAUAUAAAAGUGGUCUCAAUACAUCAAGUCCAAAUAUGUAUGGUUCAGAUGGUUCAAGUAAAGUUUCUACUCCAGAAGUAGCUUACCGGUUGGUAUGUAGUCCUGCUCUACUAACAGAUGAACUUACGGAACCAACUUCAGCAUCUAUCCCUGAGAUUUCACCCAAGAGUGUUUCAAAUCUUGAUAAAAAGCCGCCCGUUAUACCAAGGCGGCGUCAACGUAUUCACAAUAAAUUGAAAAACUCAUCCCACUCCGUUCCUGACAGUUCUGAUUCAUUAUCAUCGGAUUCUGAGCUACAAUCUCCAGUACCUAACAGCAGACAAAUACCUCCAACUGUUGCCAAACGAAUUCAUCCUUCUUAUCAACAAAGUACAAAUCUUAGGAGUAACAACGAAUCUGUUGACUAUUUGUCUGCAAGUGGUGAUAUAACUCCGAUUGGAUUCAGUUCUGUUGGAACAAGAUUGUUUCCUAGCGAUUCACCAAAUCAAAUAUUGAAGAGUCGACUCAGUGAGCAUCCUCUUUUACCAUUUGCACGCCAAAAUUUUUUAAAUAAAAAUGAUUUAAUUGAACAACUAAUCUGGCAGUCUGAACCACCUGAAAAUGGAUCACUCUUAGAUCAUCCAGAGAUUGGAGACAGAAAUGUUUCAAAGAAUCUAUUUACACUAAUUCAACGUUUUUCUAAAGAAAUUUCAUCUUCACACUCUCAAAGCACGAUUUUCAAGGUAUUGGUUGAAACAUUAAUUGAACGACCAUGGUUAUCUGAAGAAUUGUACUGCCAACUUACUAAACAAACAUUACAAACUAAUACAACUAAUCAGAACAAUUGUGAGCCUACUUGGUUAUUAUGGAAAUUACUGUCAAUAUUCAUUCCAACUACAGAUACACUUAGACCGUAUUUAGUGAAAUAUAUUGCAUUUAGAAAUGAUAUUCAACAGUCAAAAUUAAAAGCUUGCCUAGAUACUAUCAUUGAAAACAUGGAAAUCGUUUCUCGCUUUGGCCCGAGAAAGCACCUACCUCCUGACCAUAUUCUGCAAACCAUUCUAGAUGGUCAUAUUAUGCAUAAACAAGAAAUUUAUUUUGCUAACAAAAAGAAUAAGAUUAUAUCAUUAGGACAGUUAUUGCUAAUUCAAGAUGUUAUCCAUAAUGUGGUCAAUAAACUUGGUGCAAAUAUAAUUAGUCCGGUCACAGAUUUUGCAUUAUUUCUUACCACGAAAAACAGCCCAGCUGAUACUUGUGGAAGUGAACCACUGAUACCUUUGCAAUUGGACACCUAUAUAUUAGAUGCACCAUUAUACAACGAUGAAUUAGUAGUGCAUUUUCGAAGGAUAUGUUGGACAUCCCCAUUAGAAUUACAGAAAACUCCUCGUGCUUAUUUAGAAUUUCUAUUUGAUCAAGUUGUUGAAGAAUAUCUUGCAGGAAAUUGGUUGCCAGACAAAAACAGUUGUGAUCCUGAUGAAUUAUACAAAAAAUGUCUUCAUCUCUCAUGUGUACUACAUCUGUGUCAAGAAACAUCUCUCUCUGUCAGCAAUACAAUUGCUGCUUCACUUAAACCAAAGAAUUUACAGGCUUCAAUCGGAAAUUGGUCAUCAGAUUUAAAUGCAUUACUCAGAAUUUCACCAUCAAAAAGUAUUGAAGACAAUCAGAAAAUCUUUUUAACAUCAAUCAGGAGUUGGCCAUUUUUUGGAUCAUCUUGUUUCCUUGCUUUUGUUGAAAGUGGUCUACGUGGAAUUCCUACUGAUCAUCAAAUUAUUAUUGCUUUAACUCAGUCAGGUAUUCAUAUUCUAGGUACUUCAGCUCGUGAAUCAUAUUUGAAUGUUUCUUAUGAAGAUGUUGCAAGUACAAGGGUCACUUACAAAGAUGAUAAUGAGUAUAGUUGCCCCGGUGCUGUACGUCUAACAACUAGUAGUGGUCAACAAAUAAUUUUUCAUUUAGAACAGGCCAGAAUGUUCGUCUUCAUUUUAAGUCGAUAUCAGUACAUUCUGUCAGCGAAUCUGUUAGCUUCUGCUUGAUAGGAAGUAAAAUCUUCAGAAUGCCCAAGCUAUCCAGAAAAGAUAAUCAUCCUUUUUGAUAAAAAUAUAUAAUUAGAAAAAAUAAGAAAUGCAUAUGCAUACCUAUUUAUGCAAUCCUUAGACUGAUAUGAAUCAAACAUUCAAAAGAGAUAACGGUAAAUAUUCUCACAAAACCUAUAAUUCUGUAAUCUAUCCUUGAAAAUUAUCCGUGACAUUGUAAGAAAAAUAUUUGUUGAUUUAAUAAUUUAUCCAUUAAUAAGGAUUUAUAAUUUUUCGAAUAUAAUAUCUAACCGACUCUAUGCAAAUAUAACUUUACACUUUUUUAGUGUAAAAGAAACAACAAACCAUCAACUCGACCAACAAACUAAUCAGUUUGUUGUUCAUACAGCUUAGAUUUAAUUCGAAUAAUUUUUUUCAAAUAACUAAAGAUUCCCAUUUCAUAUAUUAAAAUUCAAAUAAGAAUAAAGACUAUUCUUUUCAAUA